UCUUGGUCUAGUUAUUGAAAUCUUUGUUUAGGCUAGCGAGCAAGCAUUUCAGCCAGGUAGCCUAGGACAACAAAAAAUAAAAGCGUAUGUAACCUGUUCUGUACUACACCGCUGUAGCUCUGCGAUGUGUGUGAUUGAUUGGGACUAUAGACGUGGACUUCGGAGAUCAGGCUGUUUGAAUUAAUCAGAAUUCUCUCUCUCAUAGUGCAUAAAAAUUAGGGCAAAACUAUCUAACACAGGAUAUCCUAGCAAGAUCUUUCAAGAGAAAUGUGACUCAUGGUCUUUCGUAUCAGUGGAUGCAAGUUCCUGUUUUGCAGAAAAUGUGCUCCUACACUUUCAGGUUGUUGGAUGGUGGUCUCAUGUUUCUGCUCCUUAGUUUGACUAGGAUUUCUGCACAGAGAGAAAUUUCCUUAAACCCCACUACAAUAGGUCAUUACACAGCAGAGUCCCCAUGUAAACUAUUUGAGGAGGAUGAAACUACUGUGACAGAGGGGGAGGCCCUUAGUUUGCCAGCCUACCAUAACCUGAGUGAGUUGGAUUGGGCCAACGUGACUGAGUUUACCUGGUACAGAAACAGAACCCAGGAGCUCCCGUCCUCUGAGGAAGGGCGUGUGCAUCAUCAUGGGCCGGUGCUCUUCUUCCUCCCCCUUUUAAUCAACGACUCUGAUCAGUACUACACCUACUGGAGAAAGGCAGCAGACACCUGCCUCAUAUUUGUGACAGAGGUGAUUGUGGUCAAAGCCCAACCAUUCGAUCACUCAGUCCUGUUCAGUGAUAUCUCAGAGUCAGCAGACAACAUCGCUAUCCCAUGUCCUGACCCCGUGGAACAACUGUGCCAGGAUGGAAAAGAAAACUUAGCCUGGUAUAAGAAUUUCAAUCUCAUUCCAAAUGAGUCUAAGAGUAAUCUGUGGGUGUAUGGCGCCUCAAAAGCAGACGAGGGCAUCUAUACGUGUGUGUGCACGUGGGAUCACAACGGGAGGGUUCUCAACACUUCUGCAUCCAGGAGACUAAAGAUCCAAGCUCCCUCUGCCUCGCAUCCUCCUCAGAUCAACCUGCCUAGAGACGGAAGCACAGAGACCACAGACCUGUACACCACUAAGAAGUUGAGGUGUGAAGCAUUUUGUGGGCAGAACAUUAAAGACAACUGUCAUGUGUGGUGGGAGAUGAACGGAGUGAAAGUGGGUUCGCAGCAGCAAGGCUACUCAGUGAACUCCACCAGCGAGGUGGAGGUAUCUUCAAUGCGGAGUAUCUUCACGGCUAUCCUGACCAUAGACACAGUGACUAUCAAGGACCUCCAGUCAGAGUUCAAGUGUGUUGCCAUGAACGACCAGAAAUUGAUUCAUGCAGUGGUGACUCUCAAACCAAGAUGGUUUAUAUUUAUGGGUCUAUGUGUGGCAUUGCUGCUCUUCUUGCUAGCUGCUGUAGCCGUCAAAGUGUUUGACAUCGAUCUGGCUCUCCUCUUCCGUGGAGUUUUCAAAUGCUAUGAUCGAUCUGAGGAUGGGAAGGUCUAUGAUGCUUACAUUGUCUACCAAAUGGAUGGCAUAGACAAAGACAUGGAGGAGAAAGUGUAUCACUUCGUGAGCAGCGUUCUGCCGACUGUCCUGGAGCAGAAGUGUGGCUUUAGACUCUUCAUCCACGGCAGAGACGACCUACCUGGAGAAGACCGCAUGGAGUUGGUGGAGGCCUGCAUGCGGCUGAGCAGGAGGCUGAUUGUCAUCCUGACCCCCAGCUCAAGCUCAAGGUCAGGCUCAGGAGGUCAAGGGUCAUGGGGCCAGUGGGGCUACUCGUCAUCGUUGACCUCAGCGGAGGACUAUGACUGUCAGGUGGGGCUCCACCAGGCUCUGGUCCACAGUGAGAUGAGCGUCAUACUCAUCCAGCUGGGAGACAUGGGGGAGGGGGGCUACACACACCUGCCCCCCGGCCUGCAGCACCUGGUCCGCAAGAGUGCCCCCUUAAUGUGGCAGGAGGGAAAGCGUGGGUCGACGCUGCCCAACUCAAGCUUCUGGAAGAGGGUGCGUUACAUGAUGCCUUGGCCGCGCCACUCGACUAGUUUUGACAACCGGUUAAUAUGACUCUUCUAUGUGAACGAUCAGAAGGUCUGAGGACUUGAAGUGCAGUUGGAGGUCUGGGAUUCUGUUAUAGAAGAGAACACCCCAGGUUGUCUCUGAAAAUCCUUAUUCCAGUCAUAGAAAUAGAAUGAAUGAUUCCAGUGCUGUGCAGAGAUAUACACAGGUUAGCUGAGAACGUCA